AAAGCGAAGUGCAGGCUCUUUUGUGUGGCCUGGGAUUAUAACUGGGGCUGCGGACAGCAUUGAGGGGAUUGAGCAUACAAGUGCUGUAUCUCAGCUCAGAGAGAAGUGUUUGCUGUUGCUGCUGCUGCUGUCGCUGCCAGUCAUCAGAAUGACUCUCCAAGCUGACUUUGACAGUGCUGCAGAAGAGGUAAAAAAAUUAAAAACAAGACCAAGUGAUGAAGAACUGAAGGAGCUAUAUGGACUCUACAAACAGUCUACUGUUGGAGACAUUAAUAUUGAGUGUCCAGGAGUGCUAGACUUAAAAGGCAAAGCCAAAUGGGAAGCAUGGAACCUUAAAAAAGGUUUAUCAAAGGAAGAUGCCAUGAAUGCCUACAUCUCUAAAGCAAAAGAGAUGAUAGAAAAAUAUGGGAUCUAGAAUAUUCCAGAUAAUUUCCAGAAAAAAAAACAAAAACAAAAACCAAUAACUCCUCAGAAGCUAAUGAACUAACUAUUUUGAGGAAAAAAUGCAAUAAUGUUUUCACAUUUAGUUUGACACCAUGAUUUACUAAGCAUGAAUUAUUUAACUGUAAGAAGUGAUUGACAUAUGUAUGGAACUUCUCAGAUACCGAGUAUGCUUAUUUUGAAUAAAGUUACCAAUUAGAUUGGUUUAGAGAUUUCACCUGUCAUAUAUAUAUAUAUUUUUUAGGGGGCAGAAGUAUUACAUCCAGUUUCCUACUCUUUGAGCGAAUUCUGAAGAUAGCAUUUUUAACCGUCAUUCCCCCCCACCCCGAGAGGUUAUGGGAUAAAGUGGGAUUCUAAUAACAACAACACAAAUAAAAUAAAGCAAGCAUUUUUCAAUGCCCUGUAUAGUAGUAACUAAUGAGGUCUCAAAGAGGAUAGAUUUAAAGAAAAUAUGACCUAAGAAAUUAGUUCAAUAUACUGUAGCUUGACUAGCACAAGUAAUUCUGCUUCUAUUUCAGUCAUGGAGAUAGAUAUAAGAAAGCUAUAUUAGUUGGCAUAAGAAUGCUACAUUUUAACUGGAAGUGAGACCCAAAUGAUUGCUUGGGCCAGGUUCCUAAGUUAGAGGGAAGCUAGGAAACUACUGAUGCUGAAGAAACCAUCUUUGGGUUGCUUUUUGCCUGCUAGCUUCUUACCAUCCUCAAAUCCUGGUCUGCUUGUCGCACAGAAAAUCCAAGUGGCUUGUGGACUGCCUGCUUUUAAGAAUUAGAAAGUUUCCUUCCUUCUCUUUUUCUAACAAUUGCCUUAAAUGAAAUCCUGGAAAAAUCUUUUGCCAUAUAUAAUACAAUAUUAAUAAACUUAGCCAUUAAACUACAGCAAGUUUCUUAUCUUGUCAUCUCAAUUGUGCAAUUACAUAGGAAAGGUUCCUUAUUAUUUAUUCCCUUGGACCAAGCUUAUACCCUCCCCACAAAAA